AUGGAGAUGUUUGUUACGAUUGCUUUUAUCCAGUGCCUUUUAUCUCUCGCAACAUGCGAAAAUUCUGAUCCAGGCCGAUACCUCAUUGGGAGCCAACCCAUUCUUUUCAUUGAUGACAACGGAGCUGAUUCUCAAGUUUACAACUCAACGCUUAUUCUCAAAAAGAAAGGGACUACGUCUUCGUACUCUGGAGGGCCUGUGUACUACGACUAUAAAAAACAUGAUACGGUGAUUAACAAUCAUCACGUUCCUGAAAAGAUUGGGGCAACAUGGAAAAGACCUCAAGCAAAACCUACGAGUUUCAGCAACCACAAAGCUCCUUCUACUUGGAAGAAGCACCACAAAUCAAAACCCUCCCCAAAGCCUAUUUACGAAGAGGUAUUUUCAGACGAGAUCACAGUCAACAAUCACCAAUCUAACCAGCCGGUGAAAAGGCGACCUCAACAACCCAUGUCUGUUGUGACGGUGCUGUCUGACAGCAAGCUUCCUGCAAACAGCGUGACGGACAUCUUGGGAGGUCGACUGAAGCCACCGGAAACUAUUCGUUCUUCUCCAAUACACGUGAGUGACGAUAACGUGCAGACCGUCCUGAAGCACAACAAAAUCCUGGUGGCUAAAAAAUCUACUAAUAAUUCCGAUAGCCGGCCAUCUGAAAGACCUGGCAACUUUUCCGUGGCGCCCGUCAUGGAUCCUUGGUCCAAUAUUCCGAUUCCAUCGAAACCAUCGUGGGCUCGUCCAGUGAAAGGAGGGGCUCUGAGGCCUUCUGCUGCUCAAACGGUACUACCUAAUUUACCAUUCAUGCCUUGGUUAACUUCUCUAAUCUCGCCUCUUAUGAACAAACCACUAACUCCUUCAGCUCUCAAUAACGGCUUGCAAGGGAUUAAAGCAAUGCAAGGUUUCCUACGCAAUUCUCUAAUGGGAGCUAUGUUCUGUUUUCUGCCAAGCGCUUUCAUCGCUUUAUCUCUAACAGCAACUCAAAGAGCUGAACUACGUCAGAUUCCUGAGAUGGAUGAUAUGAUGGUGUUUUGCAAGAAAUGUUUAGAAAAUUUGAAAGAUAUAAAAGACCUAGCAUUGACAGAGGCUCUAAAAUCAGAAGAAAGCUCAUAAUUUACUCAUGAGUACUAACUAGCUUACCAUGGAUGCCAAAGAGCAAACUUCAAAGAAA